GGUGCAAUGCGAUUGCAUUUCCAGGACGCUAGGCGGCGUUUCCUCGCACCUUGAUGAUUCAUUAAAAGCGAGUUGACGGUUAUCGGCUUACGGAAGGCUAUUCGGAUAGUGUGUCCAUGAAUGCCUGAUUUCCAAGAGAAGGACAAUGCAAAAACACGAGAGCCGCAAAUUAAUAAAGGAUUAAUAUUCAUAAGACGGAUAUAGUUGACUGAUGCGUUAAAACACCACACGAAUCCGAAAAAGGCUCUCGGAUUUUGGAGACGUCUCGCUUCAGUAGUAACAUGGCGUUCUUAUUGAUCUAGAGUAGUGGCUGGUUUCGAGUAACCCGAGAUAAUAGGAUAUAUUUAUGUGGACGUUUUGGAUAUUAGCGAAAUCCCCAAAAGGAAUAUACGUGGACUCUAGAUGAGUAAAAUGUCCCAUUCGCAUAGAGAUGAGCUGUAUGUCGGCCCGUACAGACUCGAGAAAACGCUUGGAAAGGGCCAAACAGGUCUGGUAAAAUUAGGUGUCCAUUGUGUUACGGGAAGACGUGUUGCCAUCAAGAUUGUCAAUCGAGAAAAGCUCAGUGAAUCAGUGUUAAUGAAGGUUGAAAGGGAAAUAGCCAUCAUGAAAUUAAUUGAACAUCCACAUGUUUUAGGAUUAUAUGAUGUCUAUGAAAAUAAAAAGUAUUUAUACUUAGUUUUAGAGCAUGUGUCUGGCGGCGAAUUGUUUGACUACCUCGUUAAAAAAGGACGUUUAACUCCCAAGGAAGCUCGACGUUUCUUCAGACAAAUCAUUUCUGCAUUAGAUUUCUGUCAUAGUCAUAAUAUAUGUCAUCGCGAUUUAAAACCAGAGAAUUUGUUACUAGAUGAGAAAAAUAAUAUCCGUGUGGCCGACUUUGGGAUGGCUUCAUUACAGGUUGAAGGGUCCAUGUUAGAAACUAGUUGCGGGUCUCCUCAUUAUGCUUGUCCAGAAGUAAUACGGGGUGAAAAAUAUGAUGGACGUAAAGCAGAUGUAUGGAGCUGUGGGGUGAUAUUAUAUGCACUACUUGUGGGUGCUCUUCCAUUUGAUGAUGAUAAUUUAAGGCAGCUACUAGAAAAGGUGAAAAAGGGAGUGUUUCAUAUUCCUCAUUUUGUACCCCCUGAUUGUCAAAAUUUAUUACGAGGCAUGGUUGAAGUAGAUCCAGAUAAACGCUUAACUUUAGAGGAAGUUAUGAAACAUGCAUGGGUGGUGGCGGAGUCGCAAGGUCAUAUAGAAUUAGAACUCCCCAUAGGCCAAAUAGUUCAGACAUCAAUAGUGCCAACUGUAGAAGAUUUAGAUGCUGAUGUUCUGUCUACAAUGAACUCUUUACAAUGUUUUAAAGAUAAAGACAAACUAGUUGCUGAAUUACUGGGACGGAAACAUAAUACAGAGAAAGUGGUAUAUUUUUUGCUAUUAGAUAGAAAGCUCAGGAACCCCAGUGUUGAGGAUGAUUUAGAAAUUAGAAGUAGAUCAGAAUCUGCAGAUCCACCAAGAAAAAGAAUUGAUGCAGUCCAGUUGAAUGGUCAAGCAAGACUUUCACUGGGAAAUAUAAGUGAGGGAUCUCCGGUAGCUUCACGUCGAGCAUUAGCUGUUCAACAAGUAAGGAAGGCUAGUCUUAGUAGUAGUCCCGGUAGCUCUCCAUUAUCCAGUCCUAAACUUUCACAUCGAUGUACUCCAACUCACAGUCCAUCAGCUACCCCACCUGGCUCACCCGGUAUACAAGGUACACCCUGGAAAUCAAGACUACAUACAAUAAAGAAUAGUUUUCUGGGCUCACCACGAUUCCAUCGGCGGAAAAUGCAAGGUAUACCUUUACCAAACGGUCACUCGGAAUAUAUUGAAAUGGGAUAUUUAGCAGUACCUACAUCAGAUGAUAUAUCUAUGUUACCUGAAUCACCAGAAAUGGCCAAAAGAUCAUGGUUUGGAGGAUUAAUGGGUAUGGAACAAGAGCACCAUUUUAUGAUGGUUCGUGAUAAAACAUUUAGUCAAGUAAAAGCAGAUUUGGUUCAUGCAUUCCUUUCUACAUCAGAUCUCAGUCAUAGUGUUAUAUCCACCAUGACGUUCCGAGCUGAAUAUAGACGUGGUGGAAGUUCUUCCAUGUUCUCUCGCAAUGUUCGAUUCCAAGUGGAUAUCAGUACAGCUCCAGGAGAAAGAGAAAUCUCUAUAGCAACUAGUUUUUGUCUUACUUUUACACUUAUCUCAGGCCCUUCUCGGAGAUUUCGCCGUGUUUGUGAACAUUUACAGACAUUAAUGUCAACACCACGUGGUGAAAGUCUUCAUCAGCGUAAAAUUAGCACAGACAGCACAGUUUCCUACGCAUCUGAACAUGUUCCGCCAACUUACUGUUCCUUAGUUAAAGAAAAUGGAGAUGAUGCAAGCUCUGAACGUAAACCUCCUCUUCCUCCACGAAAUCGUGAUUCCUCACGGAGCAGAAAAAUACUAUCCGAACUUUCACGUGAUAAAGUUUGACAGCACCAGAGAAAUGUUUGAGGGGGUUUUUUUCAAAUACCUUAAAGGGGUGUGUGGCAGGAAAGUUAAUAAUGAUGUUAAUAAUAAUGAUGAUAAUGUGAAUCAACAUGUACAUAAACUAUGUACAUUGUAGAUCAGCCUCCGGUAUUCAGUGAAAGCAAUGGUUAUCUGUUUUCUUACUAACUGUGUUUUACGUUUAGUGCAGUUUCAACCAAUCACAAUUGAUGGAUUUAGUUUUCAUUUUUAUACGCCCACAUUGAAAAGUGGUCGUAUAUUGUUAUCGCCCCCCGUCUGUCCGUUGUCCGCUGUGGACGCUCUAGAGGCUUAAAGUUAAUAUCCGAUUGACUUUCAAUUUAUACACAGUGUUUAAGCUCAUGAGACAAAGAAUCCUAUUGAUUUCACCAAUUUCCGAUAAUUACUGCCAGAGUUUUGGCCCUUGAUCACUUUGAAAAAUCUUGUGGACACUCUAGAGGCUAAAGUUAAUAUCCAAUUGACUUCAAAUUUAUAUACAGUGUUUAAGGUCAUGUGACAAAGACGCCUAUUGAUUUUCAGAUAUUUCCGAUAAUUACUGCCAGAGUUAUGGCCAUUGAUCACUUUGAAAAAUCUUGUGGAACGUUCUCGAGGCUAAAGUUAAUAUCCGAUUGACUUUAUAUUUAUACACAUUGUUUAAAGUCAUGAGACAAAGAAGCCUAUUGAUUUUCAACGAUUUCUGAUAAUUAUUGCCAGAGUUAUGACCCUUGAUCACUGUGAAAUAUCUUGUGGAUGCACUAGAGGCUAAAGUUAAUAUCCGAUUGACCUUGAAUUUAUAUACAAUGUUUAAGGUCAUCAGACAUAGAAACCUAUUGAUUUUCAACGAUUUCUGAUAAUUUUCAACGAUUUCCGAGUUAUGGCCCUUGCUUACUUUGAAAAAUUUUGUGGAUGCUUUAGAGACCAUAGUUAUUAUCUGAUUGAUUUUAUAUUUAUACACCAUGUUUACGCCUAUAUAUAAUCGUUUUGAUUGGCUUUAGAUUGAUACACAGAGUUUAAGGGCUUGAGACGAACAAGUACAUGUAUAUUGAUUUUGAACGAUUUCCGAUUAUCGUGAAAAAUCUUGUGGAUACUUUAUGACCAUAGUUAUCAUCUGAUUGAUUUUAUAUUUAUACACCAUAUAUACUCCUAUAUAUAAUUGUUUUGAUUGACUUUGGCUUGAUACACAGAGUUUAAGGUCUUGAGACAAACAAGUACCUGGUAUAUUGAUUUUCAAUGAUUUUUGGUAAGUUGAACAUCUAAAUCCAUGGUAUUAAAUGUUUUGUAUACUAAUCGUUAGCAUAGGCCAAACAAAUUCUAAUGAUUUUCUGAUAAUUACGUAAUGAAUUGUUACUCUUAAUCAGAUUUUAGUGUAUUAUAAAUGUUUCAUUACCAAUAAAAGGAAACAUAUGCCACAACUCGUGUUGACUGCCCAGAUGAUUUAGCUGCUGUGGACGUAUGUUUCGUUGCCUGGCAACCUAUCUUUAAAAUUAUUUUUUAAAUUUGAAAACUGAUAGAAUAAUCAUAAAUUUUGAAAAUAAUUUUAGUGAAAUUUGUGAAAGAAAUGUUAAAAGUUUGGAUCAAGUACUGCAUAGACCAAUUUGUUUUAUGUUCAUACGUAGUUUGAGCUAUAUAGUUGUCACACUGUCAACAAUUGGCUUGGCACAAAUUCUGUCAAUAUUUAGAGUUCCGUGAUGUUUCUGUCUAGAGUUAUCCCCCUUUUUCCAAAAAUAUUUUUGAAUAUAAUGGAAUCUAGAGUUUAUUUCACAGAUUCGUUUCAAAUUUAGUGUGAAGCAUUGUGGUCAUGAGAGGACAAACUCUGUCAAUAUUCAGCAUUCACAGACCUUCUGUUCAAGAGUUAUCCCCCCUGUGUCUCAAACCUUGUGAACACAAUAAACACCUUAGCAUUGAAUAGAUUCUUUUCAAAUUUGGUUCCAACUUGUGUGUCCUCUGGUUUCCACCCACUGCUAAAGGCCACUACGCGCAUGCGAAUUAUUUAGAUAAAAUUGAACCAUAUGUUAGUUCCAAAAUGACCUAAUUUGUGUUGAACGGACGUAAAUAUCUCUACAGUUCUUAACAAAAUCUUCAGGGGAGGAUGAACCCUAUUGAAAUGCAUGAUCUUCCUACCAGAGUUACGGAAAUGUGGUCAUAUAUUGAAAUUUAUAUAUAUAUAUAUAUAUUGUAAAAGAUUAAGUAGAAAAUACCAU